GUGUAGUUGCAAAGAGUGCUUUUGGCUUUUCAUAAGAGCGGGGAUUACCUACGGAUUACUUUUAUAUUAUUACAACGAAUUAUUAUGUCAUAACCUUUAUUACGUAUGAUUUCAAAUGGGCAGUUUCAAUCCAAUGUAUAUUGCACGGUAAAGCGUGGUCAUCAGCGCUCAUCGCGUGUGUAUAAAUAAAUUCCUAUAGUUAUGAAUGCAACAGCCAUCAUAUGUCCAACAUGGCGACAUACGUGGUCGCCUGUUCAUCUACAAGAAGCCUUACUAAGUUUGUUUUGACGCCGGUGGUGCGAAAUUACUCAAAGCAGAAUGUGUGUUUAAUAGGUCUCCGUCGCUUUUCUCAUCGGAGCAGCUUGUAUGAGCAUGUUCGUGAAGGAUAUAGUGACAAGCCGCAGCUGGACAUGAGAGCAGUGUGCGACGAGACCGACAAAGUCAUCGCCGAUGUAGAGAGCAGGAAGGGCGAGCUGUGCGGCGAAGAUGUCAGGGAAAUUGUGUGUGUGUGGCAGCAGCUCCAGGCAGUACGAACGGAAAUCUCGGAGCUGGAGCAGCAGAAGCAGUACAUAAGCGGAACCGUCAGAGCCUUAGUGGCAAAACACAGAAAGAAAGCUCUCGCCAAUCUUCCAGAGUACAACCAGGCACUGCUGAAAGGUCGAGAGGUCCGUAAAAGACUCAACAAUCUCUAUCCCAGAGAGACUCAGUUGGAUCAGGAACACUAUAGCCGAGCACUUCGUCUGCCCAACUCCACACACCCAGAUGUUCCCAUUGGAGAUGAGAGCCAAGCGAGGGUAGUGGAGCUGGUUGGUCAGAAACCUGAAUUUGACUUUAAGCCCAGAGGCCAUGUCGAACUGGGGGAGCAGUUGGGUGGUCUCAUCAGACAGAGGCAUCUUGCUCAUGUCUCAGGUCAUAGAUCUUACUAUCUGAGAGGAGCAGGGGCCAGACUUCAGACUGCGCUCCAAAACUAUGCACUUGACACACUGCAACGCCAUAGCUUCAUUCCCAUGGUUGUACCUGACAUGCUCAAGGGUGUUGUGUUUGAGGGAUGUGGCAUGCAGCCUAAUGCCCAUCGCUCUCAGGUCUACUCACUGGACCCAGCUCGUUUCCCGGACCUAAACCUGGCUGGGACUGGAGAAGUUGGAGUGGCAGGUUAUUUCAUGGAUCAUGCAGUUAAUUUUAAGGAUCUACCUGUCAGGACAGUGUGCAGCAGUACAUGUUACAGAGCAGAGACAGACACGGGGAGAGAGACCUGGGGCCUCUAUAGAGUUCAUCACUUUAAUAAGGUAGAGAUGUUUGGAGUGACGGCAAACGAGACAGGGGAGGAGAGCGCGCAGCUCUUAGAGGAGUUUGUUUCCAUGCAAAAAGAAAUAUUUUCUGCACUCGAGCUACACUACCGUGUGUUGGACAUGCCAACACAGGAGUUGGGUCCUCCAGCAUAUAGAAAGUAUGACAUUGAAGCAUGGAUGCCUGGGAGGAACAGUUAUGGCGAGAUUUCUAGUGGGUCAAACUGUACUGACUACCAGAGCAGACGCCUCAACAUCCUGUACGAGAGAGCGGAUGGCAGCCUGCAGUACGCCCACACAGUGAAUGCUACAGCAUGCGCCAUACCCAGAACAAUCAUUGCCAUCCUGGAGACUCACCAAACCAAAGAAGGAUCAGUGCGUGUCCCCAGAGCCUUGCAACCAUAUUUGGGUCUCGAAGUGAUUGAGAAGCCAAAGUGCACUCCUCUGAAAUACAUUGGUCCCAACCAACCGAGUCGCCCACCCAGGCCUACUCCCACAAUUAAGUGACAUCAGCGUUGAGAAAACCAAGAAACGGUGUUACAAAAACGAGGAAUGUAUAAUAUCCAACACUGAAUGACUCUAAGAGCUGGUUCACAUUUAUGAUAAAUGCUUUGGAUUUACUGUAUGCAGUGGUAGGCCCUUAGUGGAGUUUUACCCAACUAAAGCCACCAUUUAAUACCACCGCUAUCAUGUCGAAACAAACCAUCAAUAGGAUACAAAAAUGCAAUAUAACAGCAUGCAACUGCCUUUGCAUCGUCUGGAGCAGUUCAAAGUCAAUAUUUUAGCUAAGCUUUUAAAAAAAAUAUUUCAAUAAAACAUAAUCAUUAGAGAUGUAGAUUUAUUUAUUUUUUUGGGUAUGUAUUGUGGGCCGAAGGCUGCAGAUGUGAUUUGGUGUUUAAAGUUGGCUGGAACAUGUUUUGCUCUGACCAGACAAUCCGGACAGAAAAAUGCUGAUGGCAUCGUCGACCUCGGCUGGCCCUGCGAGGAUGAAUUUGAGACACCCAUGGAAAAAUAUGAGAAUAGAGGUUGUAAAUGUAAGUCAGUGAUAUACCACUGACUACGUCUUGGAUUGAGUAUGGAAUACGUCAACAUUAAUCACUGCCAUUGACGAAUGUUGACUUCAAAAUAUCCAUGUUAACAUGGAGGACUGGCAGCGAAUGAGUUUCAAGCGCUGUACUGCAUCACGUUUUAGUCGAGCAUCGCUGUGUGCCUCUAGGAGGCACUAGCGCUCAACACAGCACGCAACUGGCUUUGUAAAUACUAUAUUUACGUCCACUUAAUCCAAUCAACCCCCAAAAAAUGAACAAAAUAUAUGCAGGAGAACUAUUUUAAUGCAAGUCUGAUUAUUAUUUGUAUUUGAUUAUUUUAACGAUUAAUGGUGAAGAUUCAAUGAGCGUGCAUUCGAAUUUGAA